CAAGGGGCUGACCCGCACGCUGCUCAUCUUCUUCGAUCUGGCCUGGCGGCUGCGCAUCAACUUCCCCUACCUUUACAUCGUGGCUUCCAUCAUGCUCAACGUGCGCCUGCAGGUUCAUAUUAAGAUCCACUGAAGCCCAUCCCCUCCCUACAGAAGUGUCACCCUAGGCCCACCACCGCAGAGGACACAAAGCAUGAAGGACAGAAGAGGGACCCUCAACACCUGCAUGGCCAGAGCGAAGGGGAAGGGAGGAGAGGACUGGGACAGACUGUCACACAGCCUCAAGAGGAGCACACAGAAGGGGAGCCCUCGGCCUGCAGACUCCCCUUCCUGGCUGAAUAUGCCUGCAGUUGACAGAAAUGGAAAUGCACGGAGCGAGGUGCUAUCCUCGAAGAUGAAGGAUGGGCUGAGUGAGGCCGGCCUCCUGCUUCCCACUGGUGACAGGGCGUUUCUGUAUUUGAAGGGAUCCAUGGGAAGAAAUUCAGCCCCUGCAGCAGUUCCCAGCAAGGCUGUGGGUCUGUGUCCAGUCCCUGUAUCUGUCCCUGUGGGAGAGUGCCUUGCUGCACUGUCCCACGGCAUCAGGGAAGCUCUGCAGAGGAACUGGCCAGAAAGAGGCCCUGGAGCCGUGGACGGCCACAGAGGACAGUGCUCCAGUGGAGAGCCCUGGGUGUCAGUGUGGCCAGGC